CCAAAAUGUAUCGCAUAUACAUCGUGCUGGUUCAAUGUCUUUUAGUGGGUGUCUUCGCCAGAGAGGUGCCUCAAAUCAUAAAUGAUAGCCCCCUGGAUAACUAUUCGUCAGAUACUCAUCUAAAUAGGCAACCUAGGUUCAUAAGAGAAGCUGUCACUCAGACUGUCUACCAAGACAAAGUGGUGACCUCUUUGGUGCCAUCAUCUUGCGUCUACGUGGAUCCCUCUCUACCGCCUUGUAGAAACGUGCGCUACCUCAGAUUUCCCAGUUUCAUCACAACAGGAUUAAACCAACAGUUUGGGCCAAUAGACGCACCACCGGCGAGCGACAAAUCAGGUGGACAAAUAAACUCAACGUCACUCAGCUGGGGCGAAUAUUUAGGCUUCUACCCCCGCACAGAAACUGUGACCAAGAUCAAUCUACACACUACGGUUGUCCAGGAUCCCAGGAUUAUGGUUACUUUUGCUGUGAAGGGGUGUAAGCCUUUGAAGAUACCAGGAGACCUGAACAGAUGUGCAGAUGAAGGUAUGACGCCUCUACCCAUCCAAGAAAUUCUCCCGACGUCAACUGUGGCUCUGACCUAUACAAAGACAGCCCUUCCCAUUGACAAUAACCUGAGUAAUCACCGUCUUGAACCCGAGUUGUAUACGAAUAAAAAUGUGAAUGAAAUUGACGAGAAUGUUGGAUACAUUGAAAGUUCGACAGUUAUCAGAGAGAAUUUAGAAGCCUCCAAAGCUACGCAGCCGUUACCAUUCCCUUAAGUAUGACGAUAGAGAGUGAAACAGCCACCUGAUGCGAACCUUGAGAAUAUGAGAGGACGAACUCGAACGCAAAAAUAUCAAAUGUCACUUGUUAAUGUUUUUUAUAAAACCUGACAGGAUGACAUUUUUUCUUUUAGACUAGAAUUAACGAUAACCGUGGUAUUUGAAAAUUUUUUGAAAAAUGUAGCAUGGAUAUAAAGCCAUUCUGAAAAAUAAAGAAUCUUCCACUGUUCAA